CAUAACGACGGAAAUCGCAAUGUCAUUUCCAGCAGGUACCACCAAAUACUAACAGUAGCUGACACAUCGCUACGGAAAACAAAAAUCAACGUGACCCAUAGAUUCGUCCGUUUUGAUAUACUGUGCUACUAAACUUCGGUUUUACUCAAAAGAAACAUCUUUCAUUCUUGGCCAAGCAGUCAAAAAGAUGGAUGGUUCAAUAAGUGUUACGACCAAUCCUUCUGUUAACGUGCGCCUUACCACCACCAUAUCCUCCUUUGAGGUGAAUCGAAGGUUUGAUAGAGGGCUCUCCAUUGCAGAACUGAAGGGAAAACUGGAGAUGGUUGUGGGUGCGCCUGCCUCCAGCAUGGAUCUGGAGUUGUUCAGCACAACAGACGAGCUGUUGCAGAAGCUGGAUGACGACAAUGCUUUGCUGGGCUCUUAUCCUGUGGAUGAUGACUGCAGAAUACAUGUUAUCGAUCGAAGUGGGGGCCAAUUGGGAGAGUUUACUGACGUCACCAAAGUGGAGAAGUUUGUUCUGUCAGAUGAUGCUUAUCAAAAGAGAUCAGACUCGGCGAGAUCCUUCAUGAAGAAGCAAAGCCUAGGACGUUACAACGAGGAGGAAAUGGCCAAGAAGAAAGCUGAGAGCAUUGCGAGGGAACAGGAGCAGCAAGCAGCCGCUGAAGCCAUUUCCGUGGGCAGCCGAUGCCAAGUCCAAGUGCCUGGGCAGCCCACAAAACUUGGCACGGUCAUGUAUGUCGGCACAACAGAUUUCAAGCCAGGCCAUUGGGUGGGUGUCAAGUAUGACGAGCCAUUGGGGAAGAACGAUGGCAGUUGCGAAGGGAGGCGCUACUUUGAGUGCGAGCAAAACUAUGGGGCGUUCGUAAAGCCGCUGAAUGUGACUGUGGGCGACUUCCCAGAGGAGGAUUAUGGUUUAGAUGAGAUGUAGGACUGUGAGGUGACAGAUGAUAUUGUUGAUAAUCUGUUUACUUUGCUUUUUCAAGAAGGCAUGAACCACAAUCUGGUGUUUGACUUUACUUUUUGUUUUUCAAGAUCAAAGUUCCUCAUAGUCUUGCCAAUGCAGCAGAAAUAACCGGGUUAUACUGUAUGUUCCUGGUUAUGCAGGAUAUGGUUGUGCAUGGGAUUCUUUCUGUGUGCUUCUGAUGUACCUUUUAAAUCACAUCAUUUUAAAAAAAUAACCUUGUCCUUAGCUUCAUGCCAUUGUGUAUGAAAUAUGUACUCCUGGCAUACUGUUUGUGCAAUCGUGCGCAUGUAUGUGUAUUUGUGUGUAAAGCAAUUCAGCAUACAUCGAUUCUCCGUGUAGAUACAUUCUGUAUUUCUCUUAUUUUUGUAUUAAUAAAUUCCUGUCAUUGAAAAUGUU